GGGGUCGCGGGCCGCCAGUUGGACAGCACUGUUCUAAUGUAUUUCACCUAACCGUCAAUUAAAUUUGUGUCUCCCUUGAUAUUGCUUAUUAUGGUGAAUAACUAAAGUGCUGCAACAGAUGGAAACUUUCUAAUCAUUGGUCACAUUGCUGGCUUGUAAUACUGAGCUAACAGUACCUAAACAGUACCUAAUCUAAAAGCUGUUUUUUAGUCCAGGCACAAAUAAAUUAAAAGAAGUGCUGAAAGGUCCCUUGGGUGUCCUAGAAGAACUGUACAGGAUAAUCUACCAAAAGAAACACACUUUACCUUUCCUGAACUAGACUUGCACAUAGCAAUGAGAUUUAGUAAGUGGUAGCUUGCGGUAACUGGGCUAUUUUCCUCAGGCAGCCUAAGGGGCCAGAUGAGCUCUGUUCACUAAAAUACACUUUUAGUCACCUUAAACUGUUUAAAGGUCGCACACAAUAGCAUGCAGAAUAUGACAUAUUACAUAUACGUAAAAAGGCCCAGACAUGGGGACUAUUUGAAACAGGCAAAAAGAACAAAAUUAGGCCUAUCUAAAAAGAUAUAUUUCUAAAGUAAUAGUUUUCUCUCCCCAAUGCAGACUGGGUCAUUGUGUGACUAAAAUUUGAUUGCUGUGAAUGGCCUGAAUGGCAUUUUCCACAUCUGUCUGCUAUAUUGUUUGAUAGCCUGAACAGAUUAGGUUUGAUAAUUAACAUCUGCUUUUGUAAGUCCAUUUUCCAGUGUAUUACAGGUUUCUAGUUAUCGUGAUUUCCAUUUUCUCUGCUGGUGUACUUUUAUAUAGCCAAUUAUGUUCAUUUUAUGGGAAUUUCGAGAAAAAUGUUACAGAUGUCAACAUGAAAGCAUUAUACCAUGUAAUGGGAAAACUGGCACAUAUUAUAACAGGCAACAUUUCCACUCAAGAACCUGUGCCAUGGCAAAUUGCCAGUACGGCUGCGAACAAGUCAAAGGGGAUAUACGGUGCUUGUGCCCCUCAAGUGGACUGCAGCUGGGACCAGAUGGAAGAACUUGCAUAGAUAUCGAUGAAUGUGCUGUUGGCAAAGCUUCUUGUCCUAUCAACCGCAGAUGUGUAAAUACGUUUGGAAGUUACUACUGCAAGUGCCAGAAUGGUUUUGAAUUAAAGUAUGUGAAUGGCAGAUAUGACUGUAUUGAUAUAAAUGAAUGUCUGCUGAAUACUCAUAAGUGCAGUAUUAAUGCUGACUGUCUCAAUACUCAGGGAUCAUUUAAAUGUAGAUGCAAACAAGGAUACAAAGGCAGUGGACAUGAAUGCUCUGCUGUUCUGGAAAAGCCAGUUAAGGAAAGUUCUAAAUUUGGGGGAAGUGUCAAAGAUACUAUCAAGAAGCUACUGGCACAUAAAAAUAGCCUGAACAGAUAUCAAGAUAUAAAGAAUGUGAUACCCGAGGCAUUUAUUACACCAUCACCAAAAAACCGCUUGCAGCCUUUUGACUAUGAGGAUGGAGUUUACAUUGGUGGCAAUGAGAAUGAAGAAGAAGAGGAGGUAGAAGAAGAAGAAGAAGAUGAGCUGGAUGAGGACGUUGUAGGCACCAUUGAAAAUGUGAUAGAAGAAGAAAAACUGCUCCGUGGUGAUGUGUUUGCCCCCCAGGUUAAAAGAGCAGCUGUUUUGAGUUCACAUGCAAUAACCAAGAAAGCUCCAGAGCUGAAAUCAGAUGAGGUGUCAGUUGAUUGCAGCUUUGAUCAAGGGACAUGUGAGUGGAAACAGGACACCAAAGAUGAUUUUGACUGGAAACAUGCAGACCGUCACAAUGGUGUUGGAUAUUACAUGUCAGUUCCAGCAUCAGCCAGUCAAAAGAAAGGCAUUGGUCGUCUAAAACUCACAACUUUAAAGAUUGACCGCAAAUAUUGCUUGAUGUUCAUCUACCGCCUAGUGGGAGAAAGGGUGGGGAAAUUAAGAGUGUAUAUUGAUGAAAAUGUCGCUCCUGUAUGGGAAGAAACCAGAAACAGGAAUGAAGGAUGGAGGACUGCAAAAAUUGAGAUACAAGAGUCAAGUACCAGAACAAGUAGCAAUAUUACUUUUGAAGCUGAGCGUGGAAAGGGUAAAGGUGGAGAGAUGGCACUUGACAAUGUUUUCCUUUUAUCUGGUCCGUGCUCUGAAGACUGACUGCUCAACUGACUGAGGACUGUGAUUGUGAAGACAGCAUUAUUCAACUCGCAGUUCACAAACAAAAACUAAAAUAUGCCUUGCAUUUCUUUCAUAUUUACACAACACUUACUGUCUGUGAAAUGUGCCUUUUAAAAACAGUAUGAAUAUUUUACUAGAAACAUUAUUUGUGGACAUCAUUGGCGAGGAGGCAUGAAUAUUUAUAUUGUUGCUAGGAUUUUUUACUACUAAAAAAAAGGGUGCUGAGCAAGUACAAAAAUACUAAAAUGUCUCCCAUUUCCUUUUUGUAAUCGCUGUUAUUCAUUAUUGCCAAAAGUAUUACAUGUAAUUGUGAUGUGUAUUGUCAAAAAAAUCACACAUGGGGUGAAACAAAAGCACAACAUUAUGGAAGUGCAAGGAGCAGUUUUGGACACAAGUACCUUUAAUGAAUGGUGUCAAUUAGUGGAACGACUGUGCCUUUUUUCCUGCAACUGCUGUUGUGGUUGUAAAUGAACCCUUAUGUCCCUCUUUUCACUCUACAUCUUAUGCAGCAAAAAUUUUACCAUUGCCAAUGCAAUGUCAUUUCUAGUAUGCUAAUAGUUUAUCUGUUUGGAAUCACUGCUGUGGUACAGUCUGUAGAUUUGGAGCUUCAUGAACUCUACUUCUCUGUCAGGCUGAAGUCUUGGUAAUAUCUCAACAGGGUCCAACCUGUAGCCUGCCAGCUGCUGUGUAAUUGCAACACACACUGCCCACAAGCAGAACAUCCCUGACUUACUUGAUAUAUAUACGACUUCUAUAAUUUAUCUAUAGUAAUGUACUAUAGACUAUUAUCAUCUGCCUUAUAGGAUAGAGAUGUUGUCCCUUUAUUUUUGUACCAUGCACAUUUUGGUGUGAUUGCCGUUAACAAUAUCCCAGUGCUGUCUUUGUUCCCACAAACCACACUAAUAAACCAAAAGGGAUGAAUUAAGCUCUCCCCUUUCUUCUGCAUCAUAUUAAGCAGGAUGUUGGUGCAGACACAUCACAUUUCUCUUGUAUUGCUCUGUUAGAAAAAUGCUACAUGAUUUAUUUAGUCCACCCUGCUGGCAAGGCAGAGAUUUAAGGGGUUAAAUUGCUGGACAAAUAUUGCCAAAGUGAAAGGCAAGAACAGGGGCAGCGUUGUCAGGCAUUGUGCACUGGCUCUUUCUGAUGAUGUUGCAUCCCGCACAUGCAUAUAAAUGGUUUUCACAGAGCAGUUCUGAACCUUUCAUAGAGGGUAAUGUGCAUGCACAUGUACUCAGUUUUAAUCUAAAUUAGAAAGUCCACCGAGCACAGCUAUACACAAGUGUCUCUUCUGCUACCUUUGUCUUUCUCCUUGCGCUUUCUAAAAAUAAAAUCAAUUAUGUUUGUAUUAAAAAAAGCACUUUGCUGUUUGCACAGUGUAUUACCAGGUGGAUUGGCAGCUACCACCAUUCUAUAUCCAUAGCAAUUAUAUUAUCAGGAGUCGGUAAGUAAAACCUUCUGAUUUCCAAUUUGUGUUCCCAAAGAGACAGUAAUGUGAGUUUCAGUGCUCUGUAUGGCCACAAUGAUACUUAUUUCCUACUUAUUUUCCACAGAGCAAUUUUGAUGAAAUUCUAGUCUGCGCUUGCACAUUUUCACUGAGCAGCUCCCAAUCCUCAUAGAGUGUUAUUGCACAUGCACGACAACUCACAGAGUGGUAUUUGCUGACGUUACAGCUUGCACAUAGACAUCUGCAGAUUUUACAUGGUAGCUCAAACCCCUCCAUGGGGUAAUUGUGCACAUGCAUGAGAACUAAGGUGUCAUAAGGGUUGAUUCACAAGCACAAACUGCAUGUGUUUUGUACACUAACACCCUGCCCUGAACUUAGCUGAAUGGCCACAGGUCUCUGCACUCCAAAAUGGAGAAUAGAGGCCAGUGUCAGCCCCCUGAAUAUAGUGCUGCCUAUGUUAGGCAUCUCCACACCUGCCCCUCUACCUGAACACUAUGGAACCUUUUCCUGCCCUCUGCAACAAUCUGACAUGAGGUGCAGAGCAUAAAUAAGUUGACAGAUGACUUUCAUUAAAUUGUAUUUUGCUUAUAAACAUAGAUGUAGUAAUUAAUAAUGGUCUUUGCUAAAUACAAUAUGUUAUUUAAAUAUGCUUGAUUUAUUUUAACUAGACAUUUGAUGUUAGUUUGCCUGGAGGACUGUGUGCAAAACUUACAAAAAUGGAUACCAUUCAGUUCAGGUGCUACCCAUUACAAAUCUUCAUUUAACAGACAUGAUUUAUCAUGGACAAGGUUUACAGUGAAAAUAUUUUUAUUUUAUUUCACAACUAUAAAUCCCUCAAAAUUGUUAUAUAAUUGGUUAUUUACAUGAGCAGCACUUUAUUAUAAGAAACAGUGGUCUCACAAUAAAACAGGCAGAUGAUUAAUGAGCAUUUCAAAGGGAGGGGAGAGACUGAUAGGUUGCUGCAGGGUAGUAGAUAGCAAGAAGUAAUGUACUUUGGGAUGUAAAUAGGGUUUUCAUUGCCUUGAGCCUUGGAGGUGGGUAUUAAUAAUAUGAUCUUAAUUGUAGAUGAAAUUUGGAGCCACUGAAAAAAUUUGCAAACGGAAUCAGUUUGUAUGGAAUUGUGAGAUAAGUUGAUGAGUAUAGCAGAAGGAUUUAGAACAGACUGAAGAAGUGAAAUACAGAAUAUGGUAACUAGUGAUGUGGGGGUCAGUAAUUUUUCAACCCGCAACCACCCUAACCUGCCCCUUCUCAACCCAUGCCUGACCCAACCCGAGGGUGAAGGUAAUUAACGACUUGAACCUGCCCUGCCUUUUUAGCUGAUACCAAAGAUGAUGUCACAUGGGAGGCAGCUUCCAGAAAGUUUCACUAUACCACCAACAGCAAAGAAUCCCAGCCACAGUAUAGAAAUAAAAUUAUGUGUGCUGCAGCUGGGCAAGAAUAUGUAAAGGCCCAUUUUUUGUGAACUGGUAACUGAAGAAGAGUUUUAAGGAAGAUAUAUUUCCCAUAGGUUCACCUCCUCUUAACUCAUGUACAGGUUGGAGUGCUGCUGGUUUCCAAAAGCAAAAACUACUGAAAAGGAGAUCUUUGGCUCUAGAAAAGGUUCAGUGAAUCUGCAGACUUGUAUUCUGUUUCAGCCAUAAAUCCCAAUAGGUGACCGGUCAAAGUAAGGGUUUUGUUUGUAUUUCCUUUGUGGUUUUUGUUGUUCACCUGAAACUGUCUGAAAAGCUAGAUUAUCAAAAUAAAGUGGACAUUUUCAUUUUAAAGAACUGUUUGUUCAUAGUGUCAAGACCUGUCUUGGAUUUGGGUUGUUAAAUAGCAAUCAGAGUAAAUACAGACUUCUAGGCAGAAUGUCUUGUGGUUGAAUUAACACAUAGUUAAUUGUGAGUAAAUUGUAGGUACAUGGGAAAAUUAUAGUGGAAAUAUAAUUCAGAUUAACAGAUGUUUAGUUUUAAGUAGCUGCAAAGCGAUCUGUGACUCGGGAUAAAACAGAUGAAGUGUGGUCUUGAGUAAACUUCUUGAGUAAUUUAUAAAUAUUGUAAUGGAACCAUGGACAUGACUGAAUCCAUAUUUCUAGAUAUGCAGGGGGAAGAGGGGUAGAAGAGCAAAGCUAUAGCAGAAUUAAUGCCAACAGGAGAGGAGGAGGUGAAGCCUGAAAAAGCAACUGUAAAAGAAAGGUUAUGAAUUACAAGAAGGCAUAAACUACCCAGGAGGAGUAGGUGUAUAUUGGUGAUGGCAGUUUCUUUUGAGUAUUGUGGGUGGAAGCCAGAUUGCAAGGGGUCCAAUAUAGAGUUAAAUAUGGGUGACAUGCUAAAUCAGGUAGAAAAGCUAAUUUCAUCUGCUGUUAACGGACAACGAGUGCUAAUUACUGUAUAUUGAUUGUUGUGUUGUAUAUUUUAUCUUUAAGGGCAACGUAACAUGCUGUAUUUUGUUGCCUUUGCUGGAGAAGAUUAAGCACAUGUGAUAAAAUGUAACAUUUGACAUUGCCCUUAAGAAAUAAGCAAGGUCUUGAGCAGUGACAUUUAACCUCCUUUACUCCUUGUGUAAUGGAGGUUAAAUGUAGCAAACAUUUGGUGAGGAUGAACAGAAAGGAAAUUAAAAGGAGAGGUACAAUAUAUAUAUCUAUAAAUAUAAAUUCAGUGUGCAAUAUAUAUACUAUUAAGGGGCCGCUGUAAUAAAAAUAAAAAGGGACUUGGGUAUGCCUAAUAGCAGCUUGUAUUUUUUAAUAAAUUUAACAGAGGCUUGAACAGAAAAAUACAUUACGGGAAAAUUAUGAAAAAAUGCAUUCCAUUAUUAUGUCUUAAUACUGCUUUAAAGUCAUAGGGUUUUACAGAGCAGAGAAUGAGCCAUUUACAUUAUUUUGUUAAAAAUAUACUGACACCAGAAAUAAAACCAUUUUUUACAUCUAUCA